AUGUUACCAUUUGCCUCCUCUGGCGCGUUCAGGACGCAGUACACUCUGGUUCGGAAUGUCGAAGCUUCAGCCUCCCCAGAGAUUGCGGAUAGCUACCUUGUUAAAGCAGUAGACGAGAUUCAGCAACGCCUUCGCCGUCCGUCUCUUUCACCCAAGGACACAAGAGAAUGCCUCAUUAUUCUGCUUUACUGCUCAGUCUCAGUCACAUCCCGUCUCCUGCCUGCCCUCGAUUUUGCUCUGCCCUCUGCAGUAAAUCUGGUCGAGACUGCUCAGAGCGUAUCGGACAAACGCAUAGGCUACUUAUUCUGUGGGGAAAUAAUGCCACCAGACCACGAGUUGCGGUUGAUGCUCGUGAACACUCUUCGAAAAGAUCUUGAAUCAACUUCAGAACCCCGCAUAUCUUUGGCAUUAGUUAAUCUCAUCGCCUCUCCCUCUCAGGAUCUCAUUCCUGCGGUUCAAACGCGGCUACUGGAUCUACUUUCCAAUAAUUCCCCUCACAUUCGGCGUCGAGCCCUUCUAGCCAUCUCAGCUCUGUCUCAUCAUGAACCUGACCUUUUGUGUAACUCGCAACCAGAUGUCCUGAAACGGAUCUACGAUACGCACCCAACUGUUGUCACUGCAGCUUUAGCAGUUUCCUUGCGGCUAGUCGAGAUUGCUGAGCCGGCCAUCCAGCAAGUUCAGAAUGCCGUUUCCGCUCUUCUCACCCAAAUCUGGCCUUUACCUACGGCCGCAUCACGUGGUCCCCUUUUGCAGGCUCUUCGCGUUCUGCGCGUAGUGGGCCUCCCGAAUGCUGCGGUUGCAAACGUCCUCGAAAUAAUACGCUGGACUUCAGAGCGUUCGGAUCAUCCUCUCAUGUUCUCUGCGUUUCGUUUGCUAGCAAAUGUCGAUUCCAAAGACCUUGACGAGGCACAGCAGAAAUUAACAUUCUCUGUCGUUUCUUCGCUCCGGCCACUCAUCAACUCUCAAAGCCCUAACGACCACUAUAUAUUCCUUUCCUGCCUGUCGUGUCUCGAUCCCAGGCUCUGGGCAGGAACAGGAGAAUUUCCAUCGGCUUUGGACGAAUGGGAAGUCGGUCGGGUCAUGAAGCUUCUGGACUCGCCUGACCCUGCAAUCCGACGAAAGACGUUGCAAAUCCUCAGCGACAUUGAACCCGGCAUCGUCAAUUCGUACUAUUCACAGUCCUUAGAAAGCAUUCCGGUGAACCUGGGGCUGGAUGGCCUCUGCGAAUAUACGAUACGCCUGUUGGAAGUUGUCGAAUCGCAAACUCAAAAUGAUGGAGAGUUGUAUGCGCGACACGUUAUUGAUUUGUUUGCUCAGGUAGAGGCACGUUCCAAACGCUAUGCCGACUGCAUAAUGGAAAACGUGGUUGAGCGGGUACUGGGCCAAACAAAGGAUGCCUCUGCCGCGUUUCAAAUCGGCUGUGUCUCGACCCUGGUGACAAGUCUAGCCAGCCGAGAAAUAUCCCUCGGCCAGACAAUGAUGGUCAUUGCGACUGCCCUAUCAACGGAAUAUUGUGGCAGGCUUGCAGUGCCGCCUCUCGAUGUCCUGAGUGGGAUCUCUUCGCGCCUGAGCCUCUGUUCGCCCGCUGUGCAAGAUGCCUGUCUCUUGGCAAUGCUACGAAUAUCGGUCGAGUGCGAAAAAAUACCUCCCGAUGUUUCGCAGACCGUUAACGACCUACGUGCGCGAUCCCAACGCCACAUUCGUACCCGUUGCGACCAGUUUACCUCUCUGUCAAACGAGAAAAAUGUUUUGCGAGAAAUCCUCCAUCGUGCGACUUCAGCAUCUCUCCCGGACUUUCUCGUUGCACUGGAGCGACAUCAAAACAGGGUCGAAAAUGAACGCUAUACUGAGCCUUCCUCACCGUCUACAAGCGCCAGUCGUCUGGACAGUAAACUACGAUACACCGCAUACGAAGCGCCUCAUCUAACACCAAAACUCCGUGACCGUCGAAGCUCAAGUCGGGCAAGCUCGCGGCUAUCAGUGUCUAGCACCGGCGACGCAGACACGCUUUCCGCCGCUGCGGCCGUCCACAAACUUAGCAUAACCGAUGCACCUGCGAUCAUGGAAUCCCAUGAAGACCUCAUCGCGUUGAACGACUCACCUUUCAUCUCUGAUCCUGGCGUCGCAGAGGACUUUGAAAAUGUCUGGGAGGAGGAAAAACAGUCGCAAAGUGCACGAGGAUGGUCUGAAGCGCCAAUCGGAGAUGUUUUACAGCGACUCAAAGCAGCGGAGCCCACACUCAAGGUGGUAUCAGGUGAUCAACCUCCAUUCACGGACGAGGUCAAAAUUAUCCUAAAUGGCGGCGCGCUUCGGCUGCAACGAAACGACGAAGGCAGUUGUCUUUGGCGGUUGCGAGGAAAUCCCGAUUUGAAAGCCCGUGUUAAGGCCAUUCUCGAAUAG